UAACUGGGCGUGGGGACGUGUCUGGACUGAGGAGGAAGAAAAUUCCCCCUGCCGCUGCGAUGCAACAAGCGUGUUGGUGCUGAGAAAGAAAGGAGGUAUGCAACACACAACAUUCUUACGAAAAGAUCCUCUUGAAACAUCGAGCAAAUAGACUCAAGUCAGCGUCUUCCAUGACUUUCACCAUGUGUCCUGUCAACCAUCUUUGCUAAAGUGGCCAACUAUCAUCUGCACCAGACUUAAGGCAUAUUCCACUGGAUAUUGUUAUUGUUCACACUCUUAGGGUUUUGCUUUUGAGAGAAAGAGAGAAAAGAACCGUCCAGAGAAGACUGAACACAGUCACAAAGUAACCCAGUGCCCAGACGAUCCACCACUGAUUACGUGUAUUUUUAUUUUCUAUUAUUUCCCAUCAUGCCUUUCAUUUUCCCACACACUUCGCGGCUGCUGUGGGUGCGCACGGCGGCGCUGGUGUGCACGUGCGUGACGUUCAGCGUGGCGUCUCACGGCGCUCACCUGGGCAACGGCGGCGACCUCUUCAUGUUCUGCUGGAGCUUCAGCUUCGCCGGCACCCUGCUCAUCCUCCUGGUGGAGCUGCUGGGCCUGCAGACGCGCGCGCCCGUCUCCUGGACCAACUUCCCCAUCACCUUCGCCUGCUACGCCACCCUGCUGUGCCUCACCGCGUCCGUGGCCUUCCCCAUCAACUUCCUCAAGGGCAGCCAGCCGCAGGGCGAGGCGCGCGACCACCGCAUCGUCGCCACCGUCUUCUCCUGCCUGGCCACGGUGGCGUACCUGGUGGAGGUGAGCCUGGCGCGGGCGCGGCCGGGCGAGGUGGCGGGCUACAUGGCCACCACGCCGGGCCUGCUGAAGGUGUGCGAGACGUUCGUGGCGUGC